AUGAGAAAACAAAUUAAAUAUGGUGGAAGAGGUGGUAGAGCUACUAUGAGACGAGGAAGAAGACAACCACAGAAAAUUGAACUCCCAAUUGACACAAAGCUAAGUAAACCAUUAUUCACAAAUUUAAAACAUGUGUUUAUAGUUGAUCUUUCAAGUUACACUGGUUUAGCAUGUAAUGAGCUGUUACAUCAAUUGCUGUUUGGCGAGAUUUUGAAUGUUGAGGAUGUCAAAGUGGUAGUUGUUAUGAAAGCUAAAUUUGCACCACGUUGUCAGUGUGGUAUUGGUGAGAGAAAUGUAGAUACCGCGUUCUAUAAGAAUAGAUUCAUUGUCGAGGGUCAAGGUCGUAUCGUUUUAGAACCUGAAAAGACAAUCUCAUCCAAGAAAUAUCGUGAUGCAUUGGUCAAGUAUAUGUGUUCGAUUGUCAGCGAUCCAGUGGCAAUGGUACACGUUCACUCUGAAGACUACAUCGAUGCUAGUUGCAAAGUCUACUCAUUGAUCACACCGACCUCUGAAACCAACCAACUACUCUCCUUCUUCAAAAUAGGAUUCCACUUUAAGUCACCAAUUGAACAGUUGGAGCAGCAACCACAGCAACAGCAGCAGCUAACAAGUUCAACCUCUAGUUUUGGUGGUGCUCAAACCGCUAGAUCUACACCAUCAAAAACAACUAAAUUUGGAGCAUCUGCUUCAACUCCAAAGAAAUCAUUGAGUAGUAACAGUAGCAUUCCAAUCAAGAAGAAAGUGCAGGUCGUUGACAGUGGAAACAACAGCAGAGUUGGAAUAGUCGGAAAUGAAGCAGAUGUCGAUACCGUUGUGGAAAAAGUGAAACUCUGGUUGUCAAAGAGAAUAAAGAACUGCACCGAUAUUGUUAAUCUUCCAAAGACAAGAGGAUCGUUGGAAGCUGCAAUCAAAUCAUUCUGCACACUCUACAAGGAGAGUGACAUCCAAACGAUCUUGAGCAUUCUCUACGACAGUGGCGAUAUCAAUAUGUGUAUGGUGUGCCAGAGUUGUCGUCCAACCAAUCCUGGUGCUACCACUUUCUACUUUACUCACAAGCGUGUACCAGAAUAUCUUUUGGAGCACUGCCACUCCAUGAUGUCAAUGAUCAAUACACUGUUCACCAAGAACAAAGAGCAACCAAUUCAGCUCAACACUCUUACAGCCUCGGCUUUCAAAGACAAGGUAUUCGUCAACGAACAGGCAGUCGUAGACAAGUUGAUACAAUCGGAAUAUUUGAAAAUUAUUGUAAAUAGCAAUGAUACCACUACUCUCAAUGAUAGCGGCAGUAGAUAUGGUGGUUAUGAUUAUAAUCAACAACAGCAACAACCACAACACAAACAAAAAUUGGAAUACACAGAGAUUUCAAGACAAGCAGAAAACCAAAUCGAUAGUUUUAUGGAUAAACUUGCAGGGUUGGUAGUGAAUGAUGCUGAAGUACCAGCAGCAAUUAUAGAAACAGGACCAUUGCCUACCGAUGAUAUUCCACCAGUGGUCGAGAUAACAGAACAACCAAAUAUUUCAUGGGAUAACAACUUAAGUGUUUUUAUCAACAACAACAACAACAACAACAAUACACCAACUAAAUCACCAACAACCUCAAAGUAUAAAUACUUUUCAAACUCACCAAGCAGAACACCAAAAAAAGAUUUCAGUUUCUUUUAA